AUGUCUCCCAUAAGUCUCGACGAAAUCAUCCACUAUCGCCCUCCAACCGAAAAGACACAAUUUCAAGUGCCGCAGUCUAUCGGUUUAUACCCUAAUGGUUAUUCGAAUCUAUCAUCUAAGGGCCCUAUUCCGAGCCGUCCUUUCCAGCCGAAUCAAGUCCGGCCGUCGGGCUUUCCUUUAUGGAGAUAUGCGCAGGGUCCUCGAAUGAUUCCUCGUUCUCCUGUCGAAUUCGGGCCGUUAUUACCCCUUACUGAGUCUGCCGGGGAGGUGGCUUUAGAUUUGUCGGAUGAGAUGGGCAUGGUUUUUCCGAAUAUGACUCUAGAAAAAGAUACUGACGACCCAGUAUCGAACGCUAACUGGUCUAAUAGUAGCUUAUUGAAGGUUUUCGAUGGGGCGUCACUUACAGAUCCAGGUAGCCAUUGUGAUAUCAGGACUCAGGGUUAUAGGUGGUGUCAGGGCAUCUAUAUGGCUCCUUUACAAUAUCCUGGGGAACCAGACAGUGUUAAAGAGCCUACUGUUUCAAGCUUGGCAUCGCCCGGAGAUGAGCUUUUUCCUGCGGCCGAAGCGAAAGAAAGUGAAAACAAAACAUUGCCUUCUAUAUUUGCAGACUCGGCCAAAGUGAAGGACGGAAUUUUGCAAGAUUCCGCUACUACUAAGGAGGAUCUUAAUAUAACAAUUAACGAACAUUCUUUGAGCUCUACGGCUGAAAAAAACCCUGAUUCUUCAUUUGGCUUACUGUCUAGCGAUGUUGCCUCGUCAACUGGCGAUGCCGAAGCUGGGUUAAAUGAGCUUAGACAGUCCCCAGCUUUUACGAAUAGCGAAGAAAUACUCCCUAAGGAAUGCGGUGGCUACUCGACUGCAGAAUUCUGCGAGAGUACUUAA